AUGGCGGCCUCCUCGAGCCCAGAGCUUGUGCAGGCGCACGUCGAGCUCUGGAACCUCACCUACAGCUACCUCAAGUCCAUGGCCCUGCAGAAGCCCUACCUGCCUCGCCUCGUGAGGUUCCUCGUCGUGACAGGCGUCCUCGCUCUUGACGCCCCCGUCGCCACAGGGGACAGCGGCGUGUAUCGCCUCACGCCGCUGUCUCGCCUCCUUCUGGACGACAACCGCGCCAACGGGUGCACCAGCCUCGCGCCGUUCGUGCUCGCCCAGACCAACAGGUACCACGUCGGGGCGGCCAUGCACCUGUCAGAGUGGUUCAAGGGCGGCCGGGACGAUGACGAUACGCCCUUCAGGAUGGCGCACGGCACGGACCAGUGGGACGCGUGGCGCCGCGACCCGCAGGUUAACAAGGUGUUCAUGGACGGGCUGGGAUCCGACAGCCAACUCACCCUGGACUUCGUGGUGACUCGGUGCGGCGAGGUGUUCGACGGCGUAGGCACGCUGGUCGACGUCGGCGGCGGUAACGGCAGCACGGCGAGGGCCAUUGUAAGGGCGUUCCCUCAUGUCAGGUGCUCGGUGUUGGACCUCUCCCACGUGAUCGGUGACAUCCAGCCGUGUGAUGGCGUUCAAUACAUACAUGUCUUGCAUGACUGGAACGACGAGGACUGCGUGAAGAUCCUAACUCAAUGCAAGAAGGCUAUUCUUUCGGAGAAACCAUCAGGAGGGAAAGUGAUCAUCAUAGACACAGUCGUCGGGUCUCCUGCCAAUGACAUAAUGUUCCAAGCCCAGGUCACGUUCGAUCUGAACAUGAUGGUGACGACACCGGGCAGGGAGCGCGACGAGCACGAGUGGCGCAAUAUAUUCAUGGCCGCGGGGUUCAGGCACCAUAAGACGAGGCCAGUCCUGGGGUUUCUGUCACUCAUCGAGCUGUAUCCAUAG